GGGAGAUAAUUCGUGAUUGCGGAAAUCGCCCUACGCCUCUUCCAGAAGAAGUAGAUGGUUCGAAAAUCAAAUUCACACCCAAUGUUUCUUACCAGACAGUGAACAUUCGAAAUAUAUACAGGUAGUCUUUAGCAGGUAAUAUGGCAUCUAUAUUGGACCAGUACGAGGAAGAGUCAGCUCGACAAGCUUCAGGAAUCAGACAGUCACCUGCACAAAGUCUACAAGAACCGAUUGGUGUUGGCUUCAUUGAUGCCCGUCUGGAAACUGAAUCACCUAUUUUCAACAAGAAAAAGGUCAACUUUAAGCCGCCAGACACCAUCACCCAUCUGGAUGUGUGCAAUAACUUCCUGGUGAUGGUGAUGAGCUCCAACAUCAUGCUGCGUCUGGACCUGGAACACCCUGACAACCCUGACGAGGUAGAGAUCCCACGUGCUGUGGAUGACAAGGUUCACAAGAUCUUCCUGGACCCCACUGGGAAGCACCUGAUCAUCAGCAUGAAGUGUGGCGACAACUACUACCUCUCAAGGAACUCCAAGAAGCCCAAACCUAUUGCCAAACUCAAGGGUCACCUGAUCGACUCUGUAGGGUGGAACUGGCAGAAUGCUAACGAGGCAACCACCAGCGCUAUACUUCUCGGGACAAGCAAAGGCAUUAUAUUUGAGACGGAGCUGACAGCCAAUGAGGACAGUCGUUUCUUCCAAGGGAGCCUGGACCAGUACUUGAGACAAUUAAAGCUUGCAACGAAACCUCACGAGAUGUUCAACCUGGGUAGAGAUAAGCCUCAGCCAGUGACGAGUCUUCAAUUUGAUCGUCUGCCGUCAACUACGAUGACAGAAUAUCGCUACUACAUUCUUGCAACCACCCCAGGUCGUCUGUACCAGUUUAUCGGGACAGUGUCCACGUCUGCCGAGCCUCCCAUGUUCAUGUCCCUCUUCCAGCAGUAUGAAACAGGCGUGGAAACAGUGCAGUUUCUUGAGUUACCAGGCGACUUUGGUUACAGUGAGCUGCACUUGUUCUUCCCCAAGUUCCGCCAGGCGGCUACAAAGUUUGCCUGGAUGACAGGGCCUGGUAUUUACUAUGGAGAUAUUGACGUCACAGGAGCAGCAGGACCUAACUCAGUAUUGUCCAAUGCUAAACUCAUGCCCUACCCGAAGGAGGCAGAUGAGAAAACAGCACCCCCUGUAUCAAUGCUGCUCACAGAAUUCCAUGUACUCAUACUUUACCCAGACAGAUUAAAAGCUGUGUGUGUGCUGAACGAACAACUUAUAUACGAUGAUGUAUAUGUGGAGAGGUUUGGUAGACUGCUGGGCUGCUGCAAAGAUCCGAUCCGAGGUCAGGUGUGGACCUACACUACCAACAGUGUAUUCAAGUACAAGAUUGUGAAGGAGGCGCGUGACGUCUGGCAGAUGUACCUGGACAAGGGGCAGUUUGAACUGGCCAGAGAAUACUGCAAGGAUAAUCCAUCACAGUUGGACAAGGUGUUAACCAAGCAAGCUGAAUACCUCUUUGAAAACAGAAAAUAUGAAGCCAGUGCUGCCAUGUAUGCAGAAACACAGAAUUCAUUUGAAGAGAUCGCCCUCAAGUUUAUCCGACUUCCACAGAAAGAAGCCCUCAAAACCUUUGUACAGAAAAAAAUGUCUGCUUUACGACAAAGUGACAAGACGCAGAUGACGAUGCUUGUGACGUGGCUGAUCGAGCUGUACCUCAACCAGCUUGGGGAGCUGAAGGAGCAAGGCAUGGAUGACUCUGACGACUACAUGCGCAUACAGGAAGAGUUCCGAAAGUUCCUUGGUCAGACCAGGGUCAAGGAGACAGCGUCCAACAACCGUGGGGUUGUGUACGACCUGAUAGCUAGUCAUGGUGAUGUGGAGGACAUGGUCUUCUUUGCUGUAUUGAUGAAAGACUAUGAGAGAGUCAUCAGCCAUCACAUCCAGCAUGAGAACUACAAAGGUGCCCUGGAUGUGUUGAAGAAACAGAGUGAGGUUGAGCUGUACUACAAGUUCUCUCCCCUGCUGAUGCAAUAUACACCGAAGGAAACUGUGGAUGCCUGGAUGACCCAACAUAAGUACCUUGACCCCAAACAGCUUAUCCCCGCCCUAGUGCAGUAUGACCAUCAGAAAUACAGGGAACAGGGUAAUGAAGCUAUCCGGUAUCUCGAGUUCUGUGUGCACAAGCUGGGCAACAAGGACGGUCCCAUUCACAACUAUCUCCUGUCCCUGUAUGCCAAGCUGCAGUCUGAUCAACUCAUGACCUACCUCCACCUGCAAGGGGAGGAUGUUGAUGAUGUGAGUUACGACCUGAAGUAUGCGCUGCGGCUUUGUUCCGAGUAUGGCCACAAGAGGGCGUGUGUGCAUGUGUACUCACUCAUGGGCUUAUAUGAGGAGGCAGUCGACAUGGCUCUUUCUGUUGACGUUGAGCUGGCAAAGACCCAGGCAGACAAACCUGACGAGGAUGACAUAGAACUGAGGAAGAAGCUCUGGCUGCGGAUAGCUCGACAUGUUGUGGAGGAAGAGAAGGACAUCAAGCGUGCCAUGGACUUCCUGCAUGAAUGUGACCUCCUCAAGAUUGAGGACAUCUUGCCCUUCUUUCCGGACUUUGUCACCAUUGAUCAUUUUAAGGACGCCAUCAUCACGUCACUGCAUGAGUACAACGACCACAUCAAGUCACUGAAGGACGAGAUGGAGGAGGCCACACAGAGUGCUGAGGAGAUCAGGAAGGAGAUCCAGAGCUUCAGAAACAAAUACGCCUUUGUGAAAGCUGAAGACAAGUGUUCCUCCUGUAGCUACCCACUGAUGGUGAGGGCAUUCUACCUGUUCCCAUGCCAACACAAGUUCCACAUGGACUGUCUAAUUGCAGAUGUGCUGCCCAGUCUGUCCGGAUCUAAGAAGUCCAAGGUUGACCAGUUACAGAGGAAGCUGGCAGAGAGGGAUGAGUCUGUUCCGUAUAGGAAGUCCACAUCAGCAGCACAGCUUGGGGUCAAUAAAGAUGCAGACGUGAAGGCAGAGCUGGAUGACCUCGUGUCGUCAGAGUGCAUAUACUGCGGAGACUUCAUGAUCAGGUGUAUCGAUAAGCCAUUUAUUGAAGAUGAUGAGUGGAAGUCAGCUGAAGUGGAAUGGGAAUAAAGUCAUGUGACUUGCUAAACCAAUCAGCUUGAGGAACAUCUGUCAGUAAUGCUCAUGACAGUGAACCAUUGUGUCGUAACCAAUUCACAUGUACAAUCAAACAGUGUUAUUUAUUCCACACUUUGCGAACGUCAUAUUUGUGAAGAUACUCAAGCAAACAUCAUAAUGACAGUGAUCACCUUGCUUAAGUCAACUGUCGUUGAUCAGGGAUUGGUCUUGACUUUAUCUCACAUCAAAUUUUCUGGAGGCCAGGCCAAAUGCUUGCUAAUUUUUCCAACAAAGGAAUGAAUUUACUUGUGCAUGAUGUGAAUCAAGUCACCCACAGUGAUUAUGAAACAUUCACAUACAGUAACACUACAUUGAUUCUUAAGGUACCAUUUCCAUUGAAAUCACCAGGUAAACAAAUCAUUCUUACAAAGGUGUGUCCUUGUCAGAUAGGUGUUGAUAUUGCUGAUGAAAUCACAAGGCAAGGUCUAUUUCUCUGUGAUAUGUCAUCUGAGGUCAGUGUUGAUCUAACUGCCAUAAUUUAACUGAUAUAAAUGGAACAAUCAGUGGCAAAGAAAAAUAAGACAGGGGAAAAUGGUGAAAUAGCAAGCCAUGUAGACAGAUGCUUGCAGUCAGUAUCUUGAGAGUUCUUGCAUCCCAGCUCACCCUAUGUAAUGAUAUUUCAGUCUGAUUAACUUCUGACUAAGCGUUCAGUGUUACUCCGUAACUCAUAAAGAUAAAAAGGUAUUCUAAUUUAGUGGCUCUCAGUUGAUAGUUUUGGUAAUAUGCUUCCACCUUAUUUAGUGAGGCAACUCUAAAAGCCAUCUGAAUAGGUAAGUAAUUGUUAUGAAGGAAAGGCUCAUGCACAUCCCUAACCAAUGGUGGGAACUAUCAUAGCAUUAUGCUUUCUUUCUCAACUUUUGUGUGGGUUUCUAGCAUCAUUUCUUUAUUUGCUUUUAACCCAGGACUGUAGUCUGUAAGCACUCAUGUCUCACAUAGGCAAUCCAUUUAUUGAAAUCAUGAGCACCGAUUAUGCAUUUAAGAUACAAUGCCUCAACCAGAGCAGUGUGCCUGACCUCCCAAUCCCAUUGGUUUCCUCUUGCAACAAACAUGGAAUGCUGAAUAACGCCAAGUUCAAAGCAACCAAGAACAAUAUAUAUUAUUUUCUGAAGGAACAGUAAUGAGAGAAUGUGAGCAGGCUUAUUCUUAUAACACAUGUAUAAUAUUUGUACAUGAAUCAUGUGAAAUCAUGGCAAACUUACAGCAUAAUUGUACAUAAAUGUAUGUAUUAUAUCAAUGUGAAUAAAGCUGUUCUGUGUAUAUGUGCUUGAUUCAGCUAAACAGUGACAGAAACAAAAUAAACAUGAAUAAAUCA